UUAGCUGUCAGUAGACGGCGAUCCGCCGCACGGAGGAGGAAGUUGUUGUCGGAGCGGAGGGCGAGUGACGGGAGAGCUGAGCGAUGACUCGUGGAAACCAGCGUGAGCUUGCUCGAGCAAAGAAUCUAAAGAAACAUCAGGAUAAAUCGAAGAAGCCGGAUGAUGGAUUAUCAGCUGCGGCACGAAAGCAGAGAGAUGCUCAGAUAAUGCAGGAAAAGCAGAAAAAGGCAAUGGAGAAAAAGGACGACCCAAAAUAGCAUCUGUGGAACGCUGCGUGACUAAAGGCAGAAGAUGACCUGAAGAUCUAUCAUUCAGACCAUGAAAAAAACAUUCGACUAAAUGGUUUUGUUUGCCCAGAUGCAGUAAUUUUUUUUCCUCGCUGUGCAU